UCCCGCGACCUUCGGCAGCCGCAGGACGCGUGGUGCUAUGGCUUCCUCUGGGGUGGCGGGUGGGAGACAGACCGAAGAUACGCUACAGCCACCUCCCGAGCUGCUACCGGAGUCCAAGCCGCCGCCACCGCCUCAGCCUCUGCCGGUCGCCGCGCUCCCGCCGCCUGCGGCUCCGCGGCCUCAGUCCCCCGCUGGUGCGAAGGAGGAGAAUUACUCCUUUUUGCCGUUGGUUCACAAUGUCAUCAAAUGCAUGGACAAGGACAGCCCGGAUCUCCCCCAGGACCUGAACGCCCUCAAAACAAAGUUCCAGGAGAUGCGGAAGCUCAUAAGCACCAUGCCCGGCAUCCACGUGAGCCCUGAGCAGCAGCAGCAGCAGCUGCACAGCCUCCGAGAGCAAGUCAGGACCAAGAACGAGCUCCUGCACAAGUACAAGAGCCUCUGCAUGUUUGAGAUCCCCAAGGAGUAGCGCCAGCUCCCAGGACAGUGGCCAGCAGGCUGCAAGCUUCCCACCUGUGGUGUCCAGCUCCUCGGGAACCCAGCUCUAAACUGUGAGCCACAUGUGACUGGCGUGGGCCUCAGUGGCGGUACUCAGCUCUGACUGUGCCCUGGAUUCCAUCAGCAUUUCACAGGGCACAGAGGGAGAGGAAGUAGCUGUUCCCUUCUUUCCCUCAGCUCCUCCCACUCCUGAUAGCAUCAGCUUGGUAUCAAGUACAUACUGUUCCCAUUAACAGCAGUUUCAUGAAGCAUUUGCAUAGAAUUCAUGGGGUAAAUUAGGCCUGCACUCAGAUGCCAUGGAUUUAUUAUAAUUAAAGCAGGCUGUGAGAGCAUGCACAUUGUUUUAAAGGCCAGAGGGUGGGUGGCUUCUCCCUGAAAACAGUGCACUUCCUUUUUUGUUUGAACUACUGAAUGAAACUAUAUCUCUGGGGGCGUCAGCCCAGAGCUCUGCGCACCCCCAACUCCAGCCUCCAGCCUCCUGCAUUCUAGCCCUAUAGGCUCUUGCUCCCUUCAUCUCCGUCACUUCAGGCAGUGCUCAGAAUAGCCAAAGCACUGCUCGCCUGGGGCCCUUUGUCCUUCCCACGCCGGCUCACAGAGGCUCUUAGGCAACGGCUCUGCCCUGAUUCGUAUGCUUACCUCGUCAUCUCCCCUCUAGCCAAGAAGUCACAUUUGCUACGCUGCACAUGGUCCCUGCACACUUGUGGUAUGGAGAGAGUAGCUGGCAGGGACAGUCAGGGCAGUUUCUCAGCCGGGGUGUGUGUGGUUUGAAGGCUUGGGCAGCUAGGUCUGGAGGUGCCAUAGCUGGCUCCACUUGUAGUGUGCCCUCCCGGCGACUCUGGGUGGGACACUGUGUUCUCCGUCUCAGGGACUGCUACACUGAGGGCUCCUCGGCCCUUUCCUUCUCAGGAGGAAGGUGAGAAGUACCCAGUAUUGUUUGGAUCUGAAAUGGGCACAGCCUGGGCUGACCAGCUUAGGACUUAGCAGGUGCCUGCCAGCCGGCCUUGGGGGGAGCGCUGGCUGGGGAUGUCUGUAGCAAGGGUUCUGGUCGCAUUGUUUAUCCAAGAUGCCUCACACUUGGAUCUGGGAUGUGUGAAAGCCGGUUCUGACCUGCAGUGGUUUGGCAGGAAAGUGGUCUCUGAGUUUGAGUAGAGGGUGCCAGUUAAGCCGCCUGCCUUGGGACUGUUAUUUAACUGAGUCAGUUACUUUCUGUGAAGUUGAAGCAGUGACCAGGCCAGUUUUCAGGCUCUGACUGGUCCCUGUAAGUGCAGAGCAUGAGUGCGGGAGCUUCAGAUCUUCUGACAGAAGAAAGAAGGCCUCCUCGAAGGGCUGGAGGCUCAGAGGCUUCCAGUGUAUUCCAAACGUUCCAGUGUGUUGACCUGUCACAUUUUCAGAUAUUUAAUUAAAAGUAUGGUCUGCUCAGGA